AUGGAUAGACUACCGAACGAGUUGCUCCUUUUACUUGGGCAAUACAUCGACGACGAUCCUUUCACGAAACUGGUCUUGAGCAACUGCUCUCGCCGACUGCAAUCGCUAUUCAACUCCCCUCGAACAUGUCGGUGGGCUGCACACCUACGAGAAUUUUCCGAUGAGGCCUGGCUUGGUGUGCUGCUUACUCGCUUGAAUAACCUGAAGAGCAUCACGCUCGCCUAUGGGGAUGAAGAGUUUAUGAAUAGUAUCUUUGACAAAGCGGCCUUGCGUCAAGCGCCGUUUCGCACGACCACUCCGUUCUCAUUCCUACAGAAGGUCACUCUCAGGAGCCACUUCAGCUUGUUCCAACAUACUUCGGGCUAUUCAACGGGUUUAUUUUAUCUACCCGCUGUUCGUACGAUGGAGGGCGUCGGAUUGUGGGAGUCUUUUCCACGCAGCGGAAAAUGGAAUUUUCGCGGCGUGACAGGCCGCAUGUCGCUGGUCACUGAGCUUGUGAUGUCGCCAGUUUACGGCUGUCGAGGCCUGGGCGAGUGGAUCGAAGCGUGCAGCAAGCUAGAACGUUUGCAAGUUGAUAUCGGAAUAAUGGAAUGCGUCAACUAUAUCUUCGAUCCUAUCGGAUUCCGCACAUGUCUUGUGCCGUGCAUGAAAACCCUCAAGGAUCUUUGUCUCAGGUUUCACAUUUCAUACAAGGAAGACCGUGCCUUGCGGAGAGGUGAGGAGAUAUACCUUCAUCUCCUACGUGACGAUUUUCCGCUCGGGUCUUUCAGGGAGUUCUAUGUUCUAGAACACCUAUCCAUGAGGCAUGCCAAUCUCGUGCAACUGCCAAAUACAAACAUCGAGGAUAGAUAUGGCGCUGCUCCACAAUCCCUCCUUGAUUUACUGCCCGCAUCGCUCAAGUCUCUCGAGAUUACUGACGUCGUGCACAUUUACUUCCCCGAGCUCGUCUCUGCAUUGGAGGAGUUAGUUCGACUACAUGUCACUUUCAUGCCUGAGUUCGAAAGGCUUGUGCUGUAUUUACAGGGGGAUGAUGUGGGACCGGCCGAGGCGACCUUGGUUGACCAUCUCACGACGGUGUGUGAGCGCAUGUGGGUGUGCCUGACGGUUAAAGACGAUCCCUUCUGUACUUCGAUUGACAUGGCAGAGUCAACGCACCGUCGGGGGAGCUUGGCUGAAGCAGGAACUGGAUUAUGGGGGGGACUGAUAAUAGCAGGAUAA